CUCCAAGCAGAAGAAAAAAGAAAAAACAAUGAAAAUCCUCCAAACGCUUUUUCAAAAAACACGCACCGAGAAACCAACCUCUUCCUUCUCCCCUGCCCCCUCCCUCCUUCAAUCUCCUUCUCUGUAUAUAUAAAUAACAUACCUUUACUUACUCACAUACUUUGCUUUUUUAAUAAUCAGGAUAAAUAUUAAAAGAAACAACGAAAUAUGGACUCGCCGACCUCGGCAGGGGAUUCAUCGACGGCACGGAUCGUGGCUCGUUCCUCGAUGAUGGACUCGAUAAGAGCUUGCGGCUUGUCGGGUUUAGCCGGUGUUAGGAUCGAUAAGGAAGACCUCAGACGGCGGCUUUUGAUGCCAGAGUAUCUACGCCUUGCGAUGCUAGAUUCCAUUAAGAAAAAAGACGUAGAUGGCGGGGACCAGCAUUUCCGUCUACAUGGCUCCGACGAUGUUCCCUGUCCUGAAUCCCCUAUGGUCGUUUUCAUUAACCCCCGUAGCGGCGGCCGUUAUGGGCCCAUCCUUAAAGAGCGUAUCCAGCAACUAAUCAGCGAAGAACAGGUGUUUGACCUCCACGAUGUGAAACCGCAUGAAUUUGUACGGUAUGGACUUGCUUGCCUUGAGAAGUGGGCUAACAACGGUGACCGUUGUGCCAAAGAGACACGUCAGAACAUGAGAGUUGUGGUUGCUGGAGGUGACGGUACAGUGGGUUGGGUACUUGGUUGUCUUGGAGAACUUCAUCAAAAAGGCCGGGAGCCAGUUCCUCCUGUAGCUGUCAUUCCUCUUGGUACAGGCAAUGACUUGUCUAGAAGUUUCGGUUGGGGAGGUUCAUUUCCUUUUGCCUGGAAAUCGGCUAUUAAAAGAACUUUGCACAGAGCUACUAUGGGUCCAAUUUGCCAUCUAGAUAGAUGCAGUUGGCAUGUUGUGUUGCAAAUGCCCGGCGGAGAAGUAGUUGAUCCUCCCUAUUCUUUGAAGGCUACAGAAGAGUGUUCUCUUGAUCAGACUUUGGAGAUUGAUGGGGAUGUUCCUGACAAAGUGAACUGCUAUGAAGGAGUAUUCUAUAAUUACUUUAGCAUUGGAAUGGAUGCACAAGUUGCUUAUGGAUUCCAUCAUUUACGUAAUGAAAAACCUUACUUUGCACAAGGUCCUAUUACAAAUAAGAUUAUCUACUCCGGUUACAGUUGCACUCAGGGUUGGUUUCUCACACCUUGCAUGAGUGAUCCAAGUUUAAGGGGACUCAAGAACAUUUUAAGGAUGCAUGUUAGAAGGGUCAAUUGUUCAGAAUGGGAGCAGAUUCCAAUCCCUAAAAGCGUGAGGGCCGUUGUUGCUUUAAAUCUUCAUAAUUAUGGAAGUGGGAGAAAUCCAUGGGGUAAUCUAAAGCCAGAAUAUUUGGAAAAGAGAGGCUUUGUUGAGGCCCAUGCUGAUGAUGGUCUUCUAGAAAUUUUUGGCUUAAAGCAAGGAUGGCAUGCAUCAUUUGUAAUGGUUGAACUCAUCUCGGCAAAACACAUUGCGCAGGCUGCAUCAAUUAGGCUGGAGAUAAGGGGUGGGGAGUGGAAAGAUGCAUUUAUGCAGAUGGAUGGGGAGCCAUGGAAACAGCCAAUGAACAAGGAGCAUUCAACAUUUGUGGAAAUUAAGAGGGUGCCGUUCCAGUCACUAAUGAUUAACGGAGAGUGAGUUUGGCAUCUAUGUAAAGAGCGUGCUUGUAAAUUAUAUUUGUUUUCUCCAGUGGGCACUGAGAAACGAAGAGCAAAAUACCUAGGAAUAGGGAGUCUGUUGUAUCAAAUUCAUUAGCCAGCCAAUUCCAUAUUUAUCUUUUCAA